AUGUGGAAGAUGAAACAAGUAGAAAGUGUAAUUACCCGCAUCAGUCCGAAAUCCAUAGCAGAUGCAUACAAUAACUGUCCAGAGCCUUCCGUGUCUCUUGAUGACACUCGAGCACCAACACAUUCAGCGCGAGGGAGUGGGGUUUCAGUUGUGGUGCGCAGUUACAAAAGGCCGGCCCUGGGUUGGAGUAGCGCAGACAAUAUCAUCAACCUUACAUUAGGCAAUGCUAAGAAGAAUGGUCUGUUGCAAAAGGAACCUACAAGUCAAAAGGGCACAGAGAAGCAAAGAAAUACUCAGAUCCUAUCGACAGUCAUCAAGGCCAGGAGCUCAGUAACCGGGUCUCGGCACUUGGGUCUUGAUAUUUGGACCUCGGUAGUUAAAUGCCAGGAGUCGGGAAUUGAACUCGGUACUCAGCACUCAGACCUCAGAACUCGAUAUUCGGAGCUCGGUAAUCGGGUCUCGGCACUUGGGUAUCGAUACUCGGACCUCGGUAGUUAUGUUCCGGGAGUCAGGAGUCGGUAA